CCCAUAUUUAUUAAAUUAAAAAUGAGGUUAUAUCAUUUAUUUUUGCGAUUGAUAUACCUCUUAUUAUGAACUGUAAAUAUUAAUAACACUGUAAAUUAUGGCGGAAGAAAAUGCUGCUCCCUUUCUCGCAGAUGUAAACAGUAUAUGUAGAAUAUGCUUCAACGAAAAACCACCAGCGGAGCUUCGUCACUUAUAUGAAAAUGCCUUCGACACCCUAAUAGAAAGCUUAAUCAACACCAAGCUAGUGCAAAUGGACGGUUUCCCAAACUUUAUAUGUCGAAGCUGUAUUGACAAACUAAAUGAUGCGAACAACUUUCUCGAAUUAUGUAAGCUAUCUGAACAAAAGUUAAGGCAGAUUCUUGUAUAUCCGAAUCCGUCACAGUCUGAUGCGCCCAGUAAAGAAGAACGACAAAUUGAAAGUGUAGUGGCGAGCAAUUAUAAAAUGAGGAAAUCGAGGCGAAAAAGAAAGGAAGGAAAUCGUUGGUCAUCUCCUAUUCCUUCAUCAGAUGACGAACUUUUUAUUGACGAAAAUUUAGACAAGGACUGGUCAGAAAAGCAUGAAGGAAAAGGUCUGAAGGAGAACAAGGAAACGAAAUAUGCAUGUAAAAAGUGUAGGAGAACGUUUCAGUCUUCCAGAGGACUUCGAAUUCAUUUCAUGAAACAUGAACUGAAAUGUGAACUGUGUGGAAAAAAAUUUCGACUAAUGAAGCAGUUGAAUGAGCAUAUACGGCAACAUAAGGAUUAUAAGCCGCAUGUGUGCAAAGUGUGUGACAAAGGAUUUACCGCUCCGGGAAAUUUAACAAAACACAUGAGGAUACAUGGUGGCGAAAAGAGACAUCUUUGUACAACUUGCGGUCGCCGAUUUUUCGAACCGAAUCACUUACAGGUGCACAUGAGAAUUCACACAGGUGAAAAGCCAAUUGUUUGUAACGUAUGCGGGAAACGUUUUUCUGAUCCCCAUGGCUUAGUUGCACAUAACAAAACUCAUACAGGAGAACGUAAAUACGAGUGUAAAACUUGUGGUAAACGGUUUGCUCAUUCUUUUGUGUUGACUGCGCACACUCGCAUUCACACAGGCGAAAAGCCAUACCAGUGCAAUAUAUGUGGGGCUUCGUAUGCAACAAGCAGCUACUUGACAAUCCACAAGAGGACUCACACUCACGAAAAGCCAUUUAGUUGCGAAUCCUGCCCCAAGGCUUUCAUUAGUCGAUGUGCGCUUGUUGCACAUAAUAUGACACACACAGGGGAAAAGAAAUUUGAAUGUCACAUUUGCAGCAAAAAGGUGGCUAGAGCGGCGGAUUUAAAUAUUCAUUUGCGAUCGCACACAGGUGAGAAGCCAUACGGCUGUGAUCAAUGUAAUAAACGCUACCACACGUCAAGUAAUCUAUCCGCUCACAAACGCACUCACUUAGGAAUAAAAAAUCACAUUUGUAGUAUAUGCAGUAAAGCGUUUGGUGAUGCACGAACUUUGAAAGGUCACAUCAGAAUUCAUACGGGCGAGAAACCUUACGUUUGCAAAGUGUGCCAUAAGUGCUACUCACAAUCCGGGCAGUUGGCAGCGCACCGCAAAAUUCACUUAAAACAACAAGUUCAGACUCCUGAUGAGAACAAAGUUGUUGACGAACAAGCCACAAUUUCGACUGUCACACAGCUCAUACCUUUGCUUCAUUCAGAUUCGACCAAGGAGACUUAUAGCACGCAAUUUAUUCCAUUUACAAACGAACUGGGAUCUGAUGGUACUAUAAAAAUAUCUGAACAGUUUAGCAUGGACUUGAAACAGCAGCAUGUCAUAAUUCUGGAUACAACAAGCAAUCACAGUGAAUUAAUUCAGUUAACUGCACAUCCGUCCGUUUGCAAAGAUGAGAUUAGAGAGAUUCAAUUGUAAUGAUGGUUCCCGGAUUACCACACUAACUUUCUAAGGUCUUUGUAUGGGAUAUUUCACGAGUCUGUUAGGGUUUGCUACCAAGACAAAUUUUCAUUUCUCUGGCAUUGCUUACUUUAAUGGUAAAGUGUGAGCUCUUAUUAAAGUAAUAGAUAUUGUAGUUCACUGUAGAUACUGUUGAACAUAGUGCAAAAACAAAUCUAGUUCAAAUUGAACUAUGUCUGUAUAUAUUAUCUUUUUAUUUGGUGAAAUAAAAAUAUAGAUUAA